CAACAUGAGACUAUAAUAAACAAUCAAUAUCCUCGUCUUUCUAAACGACAAAGGGCUAUUAAACACACCGAGGAAUUUACUUCAUGGUUUAGUGACACAGUAAGUUUUUAUUCAGUAACCUUGGUUUCAAUUUUUUUAAUUUAUUUAUUUAUUUUUGUUUUCAUAAUCUUAUCCUUCAUUUAUUUAGGUUGGAGAAAUGUUUGCUGCUGGAAAUGAGGAUAUAUUUGAAGAGCUUCGAGCUCUUGCUCAAGGUCCUAAUUGUGUUGCAAGAAAGUACAAGGGUUUUAUUAUUAAUGGUUUUAGAUUUCAUGUGAAAGAAGUUGAGGAAAAGAGAAAAACUCAAAAUUGUGGGGUUAUUGUUACUGCCAAGACAGAAAGUUAUGCUAGCAUAAGGGAUAACAACCCCAUAUCAGGAGAUGUCACAUGUUAUGGAGUUCUAAAUGAUAUUUUAGAGUUAGAUUAUCUCAGUGGUAAAAAAGUGACGCUAUUCAAUUGUGAUUGGGUUUCUCAAAGAAGUGGAAAGAAAGAAGAUGAUGAUGGUUUCACCUUUGUCAAUUUCACUAGACUCAUGCCCACAGAUGAGCCAUUUAUAUUAGCUUCUCAAGCACAACAAGUGUUUUAUGUGGAAGACCCUACAGAAAAAGACUGGCAUGUUGUAAUAAGAACCACACCUAGAGACCAAUUUGAUCAAAAAGUCAAUUCAUGUGACGAUGAUAUAGAGACUCAGUUGCAAAGCCAUGCAUGCAAUCCUCAAAUUCAAGAUGGUGACAUCAAUGUUGAUAUUACAUGGGCUAGGGAGCAUGAUGAAUUUGAUGCUUAUGGUUGAUAUGGUUCAUUAUUAUUUUUUUAUGUUAUAACUUUGUACAACUUUCAAUUCUAUGCUUUUCUAAAUUGAGUUUGUAGUUUUUAAUGCUUUCUCCUUUGGGUUUUAUGUGCAAUUAAUUCAUUUUUUGUUGUAGAAAACUAUAUAUUAAGAUUGUGUUGUCUUAAUUAGCUAUUUCAAUUAUCUAAAUACUAUGUGUUGUUCCAUUAGUUUGGUACAUAGAAUCAUUGUUAUAUAAAAGUGAGUAUUGCUACAUUCACACAAAUUCAGCUUGAUGGCACCAAGGACUAGAAUUGGACGUAUGUCUGAUGGGUUGGACUCAAACCAGUUAAGAAGAGAUUUAAGCAACACUCAAACCAAUACAGUCUCAGGAAAAGUUUCAAUUCCUCCUGGUCAAGAGGAUUGGAUAUUGAAAUCCAUCGCCAAAAAGUGGAGAAAUUGGAAAUCUUUCGUGAAAACAAACUAUUAUGAUCCAAAUGUAUCUCUUGUUGAACAAAUGAAAAAUGUUCCUGAAAGAGUUCAUGAAGACCAAUGGAAGGAGUUGGUAACUUUUUGGAAUUCUGAUGCAUCAAAGAAAAAGGAACUUGGCUAUUACCCAUCACGCUCUACCUUGUUCAUUGAGUGUUACUCAAAAGGUGAAACUCCAGGAAAUGAGGCAACUAGUCAAGCAAUGGGAGCAAUGCGUGAGUUAACUAUUAAUGCUCCAAAAGGUCCACGAAAUGACCAAAAUGAAAAUGAUAUUUACUCUCAAAUUAUGGGAAAGGAGAAAGCUGGGCAUGUACGUAUGUAUGGCUUAGGUGUUUGUCCUUCAGAUCUUUAUGGUCCAACACCUAGUCGCACAACGUCUCAUAGGCUUGCUAUGAGUUAUAAGAAUGAAUUGGAGAUGAUGGAGGAACAAUACAUGAAUAUGAAUGAGUAGCUACAAGAAUUGAGAGCUAUGUGCAUGGAAAAUAGGGAAACACCUAGUAAUAGUCAUCCUACGCCAUAUUUGAACCCCUCUAAUCUUGUGUCAUCUCCUCACAGCAAUAUGGGUUUUUCUUCACCAACUUCAACUGGCCAACCAAUUCGGGUUCAAAACAUAAUUUGUUUGAAAAGUAUAAAUGACCCAACUCAAAUUGUAGCAAAAGAAAUUGUCCAGAGUAUUAAUCCAUCCACAGAGGUUGGUGGAUCACGGCUAGGACCUAAUUGGUGUGAGGUACAUAUUCAAGUGGCAGUAGAGUGGGAUGAAGAAUUGAUAAGAAGAUAUAGAAUGUUUGAAACCAUUGGAGAUGCCCUUGGAGCACAUGUUGCAUGGCCAUUGUUCUUGGUUGAACGUGAUGAAAGUGAUUAGAGUUCAAUAGAUCAUGGAGAUUAGUUGUUUUUUUUUUUUUUUGUUAUAAUGGAUGACAAAUGACGAUAAUUGUUAGAUUUAUGGAUUUUUGGAGUAAUUAUUUUUUUUGACAAAUCAAUCAUAGACCAUGGAGGUAUUGGUUUUGUA